AGGAUUUGCGCAGCUCUCUUAUCUACAGUUGGCUGUCCCUCGAAGUCAUGUCUGUCGGCCAUUUUGUUCAAUUUAUUUCUAAACGUAUCCCCUCCAAAUUGAAAACAACCGAAGGUCGACGCUGUUCUCGAUCCCGAUAGAGUAUUUUUGGUUAGGUUAAUAGCUGUGCGGAAGACAUUUGAACAUGAUUUCAGUGAUCAAAUAAAUUUAUAUUACAAUAAAAUGGAUGUACCUGGAGAUUUAACGUUGCAAUGGGUGGAGGAGGUGGGAAAUGUUAUUCACGAGGAAGUAAUAUGUGGUUUAGAAGCAGAGUUAGUUGCUCCAGAAGAAGGAGUAAUAGGAGCUUGCGAGGAAGUUACAGUUGAAGAGACAGUCGAAUCUGGCCCUAAUAUUACUUCUACAACAGAGUCGGAAAUAUUAAUGGUUCCGCAAUCUAGUGAUAUGGAAUCUAUUUAUAUAGUGCCGCAGGAUCAAGGACAUGAUUAUCUAAAUAUUCAGGUUACAGAAGAAGUGAUAGCAGAUAAUUGGGAUCGAUCUGGUCACGAAGAUGGGGUUGAGAUACCAGAUUCUAAAGUGUCUCAUGAUAAUUUACUUGAAUAUGAUGAUAUGGAAAUACCAUUACCUAUUGACCAAGAUUCGUACACAAAUAGUAGACCCUAUCCAUGCGACUUCUGUAGCAGAAGGUUCAGGAAAAAAGCAAAUUUAAUGAAUCAUAUGGUAGCACAUCAGACAGAUCGCCCUCACGGUUGCAAUUUGUGUGGAGCACGUUAUGCUCGAAAGUGUGAUCUUAUGAAUCAUUUGAAGAUUCAUGCGUAUGCGCCAUCUCGAGAUGGUUUGGAGGAUGAUUUGAAUGACGACGAUCCACUGGCACCAGAGGCUGAAGAGUCUACCAAAGGUAGACGUAAGAAAGUUCAAUCCAGUGCGCCAAGGAAACGUAAAAACUACUCUACACUCCCAAAACGUACUGUUGAGGAUAAUAAAAUGGAAAUGGGCAAGUACGUCAAUGAAUCGUAUGAUUAUGUUGACGAAGAUACACGUUUGUUAGAGGAAAUGACUAGUAGAAAUUCUACAUGCAGUGGUAACUAUGCGUCAAGCUCGAAAUGGAAUGAUCAGAUAUCGUCUGUCUCUACUGAACCUCAAGCACCAAGGUGGCCUAUAACUGAUCCAACAAAACCAUACGUGUGUCAGUUCUGUGGUGUUGGUUUUGCGCGAGAAAAGGCACUUGCAUCUCAUGCGCGCAUACAUGGUGGUGAUAGUCCAUUUGAAUGUACAUCAUGCGGUGACAUGUUUUGGGAUGUUAAUAGUUUAAGGGAACACGUUCGUACUAAACACGGCGGCACUGUACAGUCUGAUACCGAAGAAUAUGACAAUGACGCUACAUAUACGGGCGAUGAAAGAUUUGGAGAGUUUUAUUGCAAUACUUGUGGUGUUCCUUUUCAUCGUUUGGAUUUACUUAAACGUCACCAAAAGAUUCAUAUCAAGCAAGAGGAUGAUACAAUGGAAGGUUCAAGUCAACACCAUGUUUGCAAUGUUUGCGGAGAGUGGUUUGAAGAGGCUUUAGCAUUGCUAGCACAUGCUGAACUUCAUGCUAGUUCUUUCAGAUCACCUAGUCGUCGGUGCUUAUUGUGCGGUGAAAGAUGUCGCGAUGAUGCAGAAGUUGCAGAACAUGUCCGUCAAAAUCAUGCUGAAGAUGCUCCACCAAAUACUUGCACUCUUUGUGGGAAAACAUGUAAAGAUAAACGCAGUUUAUUAAAACAUUCAUGGGUUCAUAAUGUCGAUAAAACUUUCGGAUGUACAAAAUGUGGAAAACGUUUUCACAGUAAAGCUAGAUUACGAAGGCACAUGGUGUCGCAUCGUAAUAAAAUGGUAGUUUGCGAUGAAUGCGGAGAGGAAUUCCCUGACGGUAGAGCUUUGGUCAGCCAUCGUCAUUCACACAAUAAAGAUUUAGGCGGCCGUUCUUUUCCGUGCAGAGAAUGUGGAAAAACAUUCGGAAGUCGCAGUUCGCAACAGAUUCAUAUACGUAUCCACACUGGAGAAAGGCCGUACGGAUGUAGAUUUUGUUGGAAAGCAUUUGCCGAUGGUGGAACUUUAAGGAAACACGAACGCAUUCACACAGGCGAAAAACCAUAUGGAUGCGCGAUUUGUCCUCGCGCUUUCAAUCAAAGAGUUGUUCUCAGAGAACAUGUUCGUGCUCAUCAUUCAGGUCCCGAUCCAAAAUGUGUAGGUAGCGUUACUCCAUAUUUGUGUAAGGUAUGCGGCGAUGCAUACGGAACAUCCGAAGAGAUAGUUGCUCACAUUGUGCAACACUGUGAUGAUAAUACCGCGUUAAGACGACAGCCGCAAACUGGACCUCGUAAAUAUAAAAGGAGACGUAAGCUUAAGCCUCAUGAAACUAAUACAAUGUUACGUAUAAGCGAGCAGUACGAUAUGAUGGAAGCAGGUUCCGAUUCAGAUGAUAAUACCAAGAGAAAACUUGGAAGGAAGAAUAAGCAGCAUCGGUCGAAUGUCGAAGAAGGAUAUCAAAAUGUUCUUAAAAGUUUUGAGAGCUCUUUACAAAAUAUAAAUUCAAUUGUUAGUAAUUCGAAAUUAAACCCAGGGAAAUCCAAGUUAUCUAAGAAGAAGCUUAGAAAAGAGGAGAAGAAGAAUGAAGCUCAAACUUCGUGCCAACCUGGGAGACCAAAAAUGAUUCAUACACAGAAAACAAGAGUGCCUGUAGAAAUUGGUAGUGACGGGGUUAAGAAGGGGCAAAAAACCAAAACUAUGGUGACAAGGACUCCUAAAGUAAUGCCAAAUGAACAUAAAUUAGGAAUUUUUCCAGGUGGAGAAAGAAAUAGACCAAGAACAAAAAACGUUAGCUAUCACAUCGAAGGGAAGCUUCAGCCACCGCCAGCAACAUUCCCAAAGCCAAAGGAAGAAGUUUCAAAAGUUUCAACGCCAACGCAUCAGCCGUUGCCAUUAGUUAACAUAAAGCUGGAACCUAACACACCAAAAAUACCUAGUAACAACCACAGAAAUAACAAUGGUAAUAUCCUUGCCGUUAACAACGAAAAGAUAGAACCGACAUCUAGAAAAAGAACGGGUGUUCUGAAAAAAAUUAAGAAGCAAAAACAUGGAAUCAAGCAAGAACCGAUGGACAUCGAUCAAGAGGAAAUACAGAAUAAUAAUAACACAGAGAACACAGAUUCCGCAAGAUUAAUGGAACAUGCGGUGGAUGGAAGUAAUCUGGAGAUUGCAUUUGAAGCGAGUGUCACCACCGAGGAAGAUAACAAGUACCUUCCCGAUGUAGGGAAAAUUAAUAAUACCGAAGAUGUUGGAGCUGGAAAUGUAAAACUUAGUGUGAAAGUUGAAUCCACACCUCAGCGAAUGUUGGCUGUUCAUAGUGUUAUAGCGCCUGUGGAUGAUAUUCCAGAAACUAUAAUACCGGAUGCUGUAGAAUAUACAUGUGAGAUGUGUUCUGCAGUAUUUUCCAGCCGUGCAGAGUUGUUGGUGCAUGUUCCGAUACACAUUUGAUUUAAUUUGUUCACCGCAAGUAAAGGAGGUAUGCGAAUUUGUUCUAUUCUAAGAAUAUUUGUUUAAUCAAGCAAUAUUUUAACAUGGUCAAUGAAGGUUUAUAUGUUUAUUUGAAUUGGCAUUAUGUUACUACGCCAAAUUGUCCUCUACUCGUUGCUCUAUGAAGCGCACUAAGUUUUUGUGUUUAACAUGUAUUUUAAAAGUUGAUGCUGUCUUUAGUUUAUUGCGUCAUUCUAAGGUAUGUAGAAAUUUUCGAAUGUACUCGUUUUCAGUUAACAUUAUCAUUACGUUCUUUUUUAUACUACUCGUGUUUCUACCAAAAAGAAAAUAUUUGGCUCAAAAUUCAUAUUGAAUCAUGAUACGAUGUGAGAUGUUACAAAUAUUUUAUACGUUUACAAUGUAUCACACCAGUUGCCCUGGUCAAAGAAUUAGACCAAUCUUUUGCCAUCCA